UUACAGAAGCCAGAUAUUAAAGACAUCGAUCUGAGAAAAGUUCCUCCUCCUCUGAAGAGAAGAACUUCCGUCAAUCGCAUGAGUGUUGCUGACAAGAACAAUGUAGUAAUUAAAGACACCUUUUCUGAAAGACUACAGAUUCAAGCAAAAUUAAGAUUGCAAGAUAUGAAUGAUGAUAAAGACAGAAAACAGUCUCCCGGAAUCGAAGUUGAAUUAGAAUCUGCUGAAGAAAUGAAAAAAGAAGAGAGUGAAAUCGCAAUUCGAAAUAAAGCCAAUAAUGCGGAAAAUGAAAAGGAAAUAAUUUCUUCUGUGUCGACCAAUUUAGAAAAAGUACAAAAGGAUGAAAGCAUACAGUCGAAAGUUGUGGCGGAACCAGAAUUACUUGACAUAACAAAGCAGGCAAACGUAAGAAAGAGAGAUGUAUCCAGAAGUUCCGGAGAAAGCGAUGCCAUUUCGGCUGCAAAAGUUCCAUUGUUGUUGAAGGAUGAAGAGGAAACCAUAAUACUGCGAAAAGUGAAACAAGAUUCUUCGGAUCAAAUUAACUUAAAACCACAAAUUGAAGAAAUUAACAAGAACAAGAAUAGGAAAAGUGAAGGAGAAAGUCAGCCAAAAGUUCCUAGUGAUGUGCCAUGUGUCAAAUUUGAUUCUUUGUCUCCAGAAUCUCUGCCAAGCAUUACUGCACAAGCACCGUCGUCGUCAUCUCAAACAAGGAGGUCUUUUGUUCCGCCUGUUCGGGACGAAGAAUCCGAAACUCAAAGAAAGGCUCAUGCAAAGAGAGUCAGAGAGACGCGACGCUCGACACAGGGUGUAACAUUAGAAGAUAUUAAAUUGGCGGAGCAACAGUUACUUAAGAAACAGCAGGAAGCUGACGAAAAUAAGGAACAGAAAAACAAAGAAAAGCGGGGAUUGGAUGCCGAGAACAACAGCUUAAAUACCAAAGCUUCUGCGAUCAAUACUUCAUUAACUAAAUCAAUUACCAAAGCGGAGAAAAGGAUAUCGCUUGAUGAUAAAGAAGAUCUGAAAACGGAACAAUCUACAACUCAUCUUUUGCAAGAUCUGCCACUCUAUUCAUCUAAUACCGACAAAAGUAAUGUUUCUAAGUAUUUGACUCAGCAAAGCGAUAGUAGUGAUAUUAUUUCUACGAAAUUACGCUCAAGGUCUUCGAAAACUGAAGAUGCUAAGACAGAACACGAAAUAGAUAGCGAAAAAGACGGAGAUAAUCGUAAUGCUCAGGGAACACAAGCCGUCAUACAGAGACGAAGGAGACCAAAACGUCGAUCUACGGGUGUAAAUCAGAUGCCACAAGAGGAAAAUCAGGAAAGUGCCAAUACGACAGAAUCCAAGGAAGAAAAGUCUGAGAGCAGUCAAGAAGAACCAGAAUUAAAGGCAGAGAAGAGGAAAGACAUCAUGUCUUCCUCUUCAGAGAGCAGUGAGUGCAUUGGCUGGACUGGCAAUGUCGGUUUGAAAAGAGACAGCGAUAGGAAAGAGAUAGAAAAAGACUAUAAAAAGUUAUAUCACCAAAUGAAAGACGAAAAUAAAACUCUAAAAGAUAGAUUAAAGAAAGUAGAAGUAGAAUUAGAUAAUACAAAACAGCAGUUACAAAAAGCACUACAGAAUAACAGCAGGAAUUCUUUAAGUGACGCAGAAAAAAGGGAACGAAGAUCUUUGGAAAGGAAGAUAUCGGAACUAGAAGAGGAAUUAAAGGAGACAGAACAACUGAAACUGGAUAACCAGAGGCUGAGAGAAGAAAAUGGAGCGCUGUUAAGAGUUAUCAGCAAACUAUCCAAAUAAGUAUUCUAGAUAAAAGGCAAACAAAAAAAAACACUUAGUAACAUAUUCUCUCUCCCGUCUCGCAUCCGAACUUUUAUAUAAAACAUUAAACAC